AUGGCCACCUUUCGCAACCCCGAACUGCAAAGGCUUCGAGAACCCUCGACAGGUCUACCCACGUGGGAGGAAGAGUGGUGCAGCGCAAUGAUUCAGGUCAUGAUGGAAAACUAUCACGACUACAUGGUAUCCGUUAGUAUUGGAGGAGGGGAAACUCCCACGGGCUUUGCUCUUUUUGACCACUCGCCAACGUUCAGCUACGGGAAUUCGGAGCUUCGCAUCCCCUUGCGUUCUGUUUUCGCUGCUUUCGAUCGCAUCUUAAAAGACAUGUUUCACAAACAGGAGUCUUACUUGGAACGCGCGGUAAAGGAAGUUGGGUCUUACGUCCAAGAAAAACUGAACGGAACGCGGCAAGACCUAGAAAAGGCUCGAAGGGACUUGUGCUCUGCGUAUUUCGACGAACUCAAUUUCGACGAAGACGGUCCAUACGCCCUACACGGAUGGCCCGUAUAUGAAGUGGUAAUGGAACAUGGCUCGGUUUUCGUGGCGAUUGAUGAGCACCACGACUAUUAUCCUAACCGCGUUUACUGCUCGGACAACGUUCGGCCCUUACUAGGUCCCAGCGUUUUUCAGCCACCGUUUCAUUUUCUAAGGGCGUAG